AUGACGCCGCUGCAAAAGGCGCAAAUCGUGCGGUUGUUUCAGCAACGCACCGGCGCCGUCGCCCUCGCCAUCGGCGACGGCGCCAACGACGUCAGUAUGAUUCAGGAAAGCCGCGUGGGGGUGAGUAUUAUGGGGUUGGAGGGCUCCCAGGCCGAGCUCGCGAGCGACUACGCGAUCCCGAAGUUUCGCUUUCUCAAACGCCUCUUGAUGGUGCACGGGCGCUUCUCGCUGUAUCGGGAGGCGCAUUGCAUUCUCUACAGCAUCUACAAAAACAUCAUCCUCGUGGUGAGCCUGUACGGGUAUAGCUUCUACAGCGCCUACUCCGGGAUCUCCUUCAUCGACUCCUGGUUGUUGUCGUUGUAUGGCGUCUUUUUCGUGCUGCUGCAGCCCGUGGCGAUCGGCACCCUCGACAAGGACGUCCCGGACGAGCUCGCGGAGUCGAUUCCGCAGCUCUACCCGCCCCUCUCGCGGGAGCGGAUGUAUUUUUCGCCAGGCUACAUCGCGAAGUGGCUUUUGGACGGCGCGAUCGAAGGUGCAGCGUAUUUUUUCCUCGUCAUCUACGGCAUCGCGGCGAAGGAUUCCCUCUACCCGUCGAAAACCGCCGGGGUGGAGGAUUACGGCCAGGUCUUCUUCACAAUGCUCGUCCUCGCGGCGAACCUGCGGAUGAUCAUCAUCUUUCGCUACCACAUGAUCGUCUUUGUCGUGCUGAGUGUGCUGGUGAUGGUGAGUCUGCCGGUGUUUGAGAUCAUCUACGCCCACUUCCACAGCCUCGCGGGGACGAACCUGUCGGUGUACAUCGCCCUCGAGCUCUACAGCUCCUACAACAUCUACCUCUUCAUGAUCUUCGUACUGGUGACUGCGAUCGUGUACACGAUCAGCACGAACAACUUCGUUCAGAUGAUUCGCCCGUGGACGAGCGCGGAGUUCGCGAUCAGCGCCGCGCAUGCCUCGCCCUAUCGCGAGCCCGGCCGGCAGGAGUUGAAGCGCCUUAAAAAAGAAUAUCGCCACCACUGCGACCUCGCGAUGCAGGGGGCAGGAGGGGGGAUGGAUCCCAGCCGUCGAGUCGCAGCCCUCUACGAGAAAAGCCAUCAUGUAGGAGCAAAACCUCGAUGA